ACAGAUCUAGCAGCAUAAACAAUCCAACAGCACGGGCAAGAGAGGCUGUACGUUGUGGCGUUGUUGUAUCUGUUACUCAUUCGUUACUCUUUCGGUGAAUCCUCGUUGUCUGCGUGCGGCAGGAGAGUACGCUACAUCGACGCUUGCUGGCGCUAUUGGAGGCCCACUGGUGCCGGUUGGUCACGUGCUCUGUCUGGACGCAGUCACUGCCGUCUAUGACGCUCCACACAAGCGGACGCCGGCGGAGUGCGGACCAGUCGUCGUCGUCGUCGCUGCUGCCGCCUAGGCUGCUCAGUGGCAGAGCGACUGACUGUUGCUUGGCUGACUAGUCACUUGGUUGCUACGCCCGGCGCUUUGCCACAUCGCUCAGCUUUGAUUUAAUCGGCAUCUCUGCGCCUCUAGAAAGCGGCCGCGAAGGGACGACGGCUUCGUAGAACAGACAGCAAGUGAGGUGUAGUAGCGAAUUUACUUCAGCUAUAGUGCUUUGUUGCUCGCCUGUUUGUGACUGUUGCCGGGCGUUUGUGGGUGCUCACGCCGUCAGCGCUGAAAUUCUGUCAGUUCAGUGGCACAGAGCAGGGUACAGAGCCUGCCAUCUGUCUCUUUCGUCAGUCAGUCAGUCAGUGGAUCAGGCAGUGAUAGCGGAGUCCCCUAUUCGUGAACGGAUAAAUCAGCUGAGAAUCAUUGCUACUUAUGUUCCAUCCACUUCAAGCACAACUUCUGUGAUAUCAGUUGUAGGUGGAGCUGAAGUGACCUGGCAGCUGGGCACUGCUGGACUGUUUGUUUGCGGUAGAUACACACAUGAGUGACGUUGUGUUGGAAGGCAGCCAUUUUGCUUUUUUUGCCCGGCUCGGCUUGAGAUAUCUAUCCAACAGUUAGUUGACGGUCGACUUCAUCGCACUUCGCCCGAGCGUAUCGGCGCUAACGAAGCUGAAGUUGGCAAAGCGACUUUUUUCUGUAAGAAAAACUGUUAUAAUAGACGCUGAUGAUACAUACGAAUACAUCGUGUCGCUCAUAUCUGCACCCGGGUCUAGAACGUCUACGUGUAAUACGUGUCGUAGCAAGCAACGAUUAGUUUCGUACCGGCAAAAGUGACCAUGGCGAUCGAUUAACUCUGAGCGAAACGUUUGUCCUACCUAAAACUGGUUGUUUAUUUUAGUUGGUGUUAUUUUGUGAGGAUCGGCAGUUGUGCUGUACAGAGUCCAGGUUGCGAUUAAGAUUUCGCGCAAAUUACAUGUUGAAACAAACAAUUGUUUUUUCUGCUUCUGCUGUAAGACGAAUAACAGUCAACCGAUUGAAAACAGCGGCGACACGGUAGAACAGUUGUGAGCAACUUGGAUAGUUACAGAUCUACUAUGUUUAUUAGUAUCGACGAUACCUUCAGCACCAAAAAUUGUCACCAUUGACUAGCUUCACACAUAGGACGAAAAGAAAGCUAGAAACUCAACUCGCGGGAUGGCGGGCCUAAUGGAUAAUCAGAAGGUGUGGGUCGCACAUCCAGACGAAGGCUAUGUCAUGGGUCAUGUGGUUGACAUUACCGCUGACAAAAUUUCGGUUCGAGUUGGCAGCAUGAUUUUGAAAGCGUUAUACGCUCAGGUUCACUAUGCAGAAAGCGACCCGAACAAGGAUGUCGACGACAACUGCGCAAUGGUUUACCUUAACGAAGCGACACUCUUCAACAACGUACGGGUCCGUUACAAACAGAACAAGAUCUACACAUAUGUGGCAAACAUACUGAUCGCAGUGAAUCCCUAUUUUGAAAUACCGAACCUUUACACCAAGGAGACAAUUCGUUCCUACAAAGGAAAGUCGCUAGGGGCUUUACCACCACACGUAUUUGCGGUGGCCGAUAAAGCCUUCAGAGAUAUGAAAGUUGCCAAAUGCUCUCAGGCGAUCAUCGUAUCGGGCGAAUCAGGUGCUGGAAAGACCGAAUCAACAAAAUACAUUCUACGGUACCUGUGCGAGGGCAGCUUGGCUGGUCCUAUCGAGCAAAAAAUCCUUGAGGCUAAUCCUAUUCUCGAGGCAUUUGGGAAUGCUAAAACCAUUCGAAAUAACAAUUCGUCGAGGUUCGGAAAAUUCAUCGAGAUUCACUUCGGUAAUGAGUACAGUGUCGUUGGCGGGUACAUUUCGCAUUAUCUACUAGAGAAGUCAAGAAUCGUAAGUCAGGCAACAGAUGAACGGAAUUACCACAUCUUCUAUCAGCUGCUAGCUGGCGCUGACGAGGACCUAAGGCAGAACCUUGGACUCACCAAUCCAGACAACUACAACUACCUUCAAGGUGGUCUUACCAGGUAUUUCGUAGGGAAGAAUAAUAUCGAUUCAGACAGAAUGUCGCAGGAUCACCACAAACGGGGACCCCUCAAAGACCCCGUUCUCGAUGACAGUGAGGACUUUAAAAGGUUGGACAAGUCUCUUGAGCUAAUUGGCUUAGAUAAGCAACAACGCUAUUAUGUGUACGGAGUUGUGGCGUCUGUUCUGCACCUCGGCAACGUGCAGUUUGAGGAAAACCCCGACGACAAAAAGGGGGGAAGCAAACUAAAGGAUAAGGCGAGUGAGAUUAGCUUGAAGUAUGCUGCCACCUUAAUUGGCGUUGAUCCUGAUGAACUGCGGAUGUCUUUGCUCUCUCGACUAAUUACGUCGAAGGGUGGGGUUAAGGGCACUGUUUAUAUGGUGCCGCUUAAAGCGCAUGAAGCCAAUAGCGCUCGUGAUGCGUUGGCUAAAGCACUUUAUUCAAAGCUAUUUGACUUCAUCGUGAGUACCAUCAAUCAAAGUAUUCCUUUUAGACAAAGCGCAUAUUACAUUGGAGUGCUAGAUAUUGCUGGUUUUGAAUAUUUCCAGUCUAACAGCUUUGAGCAAUUUUGUAUUAACUAUUGUAAUGAGAAGUUACAACAAUUUUUCAAUUACCGAAUUCUCAAUGAAGAGCAAAAUCUGUACGAAAAAGAAGGCUUGGGCGUAAAACGCAUUUCGUACACUGAUAAUGCUGAUUGUAUCGAACUCCUCGAAGCGAAAAACACUGGAAUAUUUGAACUGCUCGACGAAGAGAGCAACCUGCCAACAGGCACAGCUGUACACUUCACCUCGCAGGUGCACACACUGCACCGUAAACACUUUCGCAUUAGCAUUCCUCGCAAAUCGAAACUUAAGGCGUAUCGUGAGCUCCGCGAUGAAGAAGGGUUUCUUAUACACCAUUUUGCCGGGGCAGUAUGCUACCAAACGGAAAAGUUCCUAGAGAAAAACAAUGACGCACUGCACGAUUCGCUUGAGGCAAUCGUUCUGGACUCGAACAAUGCGUUUGUUAAAGCCCUCUUUGGAGCUCAUGGGUCAUCUGGCAAAGGCAAACUGCGAUUUGUGUCUGUCGGGGCAAAGUUUCGAAAGCAGCUUGUAGAACUGAUGAAUAAGCUACAGUCAACCGGAACUCACUUUGUGCGGUGCAUCAAACCAAACAACAAAAUGGAAUCCAAAACUUUUGAAGGCCCACAAGUUCUUAGUCAGUUGGGAUGCUCAGGAAUGACCUCAGUGCUGGAACUUAUGCAAAUGGGUUUUCCCUCACGUGUUCCAUUUAAGGAGCUUUAUGAAAAAUAUAAAAGUUUUCUGCCAAAGGAGCUCGCUUCGUUGGAUCCGAGAUUGUUCUGUAAGACUCUGUUUAAAGCGCUAGGACUUCGUGAUGCAGAUUUCAAGUUUGGUUUGACGAAAAUUUUCUUCCGAUCUGGUAAAUUCGCAGAGUUCGACGAAAUCAUGAAGUCCGAUCCAGCCAGUUUGGCCGAUCUUAUCUCGAAAGUGAGGAAAUGGCUGGUUAUUUCUCGACUGAAAAAAGCGCAGUGGUGCGCGCUAGCUGUCGUUAAGCUGCACAAAAAGAUCAAGUACCGUCAAGAGAAUCUUGUAGUUAUUCAAAAAGCUGUUAGGGGCUACCUAGCUCGCAAGCAGUACGGUGGGCGUAUUCAAGGCCUCAAAAAACUGAAAGUUAUUCUUAAACAACUGUUAGAUAUGAGAAAAGCAACUGCGUCGAACAUCGUUUCUCAAAUUUACGAGUUCAACGUGCUUGAAGAGCAGGCGAAAACGCUUACCCGUCAAAUCAAAACGGGCGAAAUGGUGGAUAGAAUCAAGAUUGAAAAUCUUUGUGGACAUCUCUCAGCAGCCUUAGGUGAGCUGGCAAAAAAAGUGAAGUGUGCCAUCAUAGAAGAACAGGUUCGCGAAUCUCAACGUCGUAAGGAAGAAGAGGAACGUAAGAAGGAAGAGAUCAAGAAACAAAAGGCUGAAAUUGAACGACGCCGGCGUGAGGAAGAGGCGUAUGCUCAAGCGGAGGCCUCAAGGGUGGCGGCCGCCAAAGCCGACCGCGAAAUCCAGGAGGAAAGAGUCCAGGAACUGCAAAGGAAGCUCGAGCAGGAACGAAGAGAUCGUGAAUUGGCUAUGCGACUUGCUCAAGAGAGUAACUCCAUUGUCGAAGAUCAGAGUCCGCCUUCUAGCAUAGGAUCCACGGGAAGAGAAACAGCGCCGACUGGCAAAUAUGACUUAUCCAAAUGGAAGUAUUCGGAACUGCGUGACGUCAUCAAUACCUCCUGCGAUCUUGAGUUGCUCGUAGCCUGUCGUGAAGAGUUUUAUCGCCGUCUGAAGGUCUACCAUGCGUGGAAAAGUCGUUACACUAAGAAAGGUUCUGAAGCCGCAGAGGAUGAAGCUUACAGACUGCCGACUGUUGAACCUUCGGGCUUCUCCUGCCAACCAGAAUCCGGGCCACCACGUCAGAGAUAUUUCAAGAUCCCUUUUAAACGGGAUGGCUCUUCUGGAGCCUCCGGAAUAUGGCUUGCGCAUUUCGACGGUCAGUUCAUCGCCCGCCAGAUCGAAGUGUCGCCUCGCAAGCCUGCGCUAUUACUUCUAGCCGGCCGAGAUGACAUGCAGAUGUGCGAACUCAAGCUCGAAGAGACCGGGCUAGCUCGGAGGAAAGGAGCGGAAAUCCUUGAGGAGGAAUUCAACAAGGAAUGGUCCGCACUGGGAGGUCAAUUACCCUAUCUGCCACCUUCAAGCCGUGGUGCCAGUAUUAAAACAUGAAGAUGAAACUGGUGUCUGGGAAAACCUUCUGCGGCGAUUUCUGCUAGGAGAUAUUGGCAAAACCAAGGGAAUACCAGUAGCAGUAGGCAAAUUACGAACAAGAUUAUGCGAGCGUACGAUUAUAACUGGAAAGACACCAAAAAGACAACCAACAGGAUUAAUCCCUAAAUAGCAGUAUUUAAAGGGGUUAGUUGAGAAAAUGGUUAGCUAUUACACACGUUUAAUAAUUUUAAUAAAUACGCAAAUGACGACAAACAAACGAAUAAAAACAAAACUAUCUUCGUUAGGCACCUAAUGCGAGAAUACAAAAUUAUAAAGAAUAACAUUAAGAACAUCAAUAAACUGCAAUUCCAAAAAAAGCAUCGAAAAUGUGUAUUGCAUUGUGAGUAUAUUAGUUAACUGUGUUUUUGAUGUAGAAUUGGCCUAAAUAAUCGUAUUCGUCUAAAAGACCACACUACAAAUAUAAAUACAUCAGAGAAUGCAUCGGCUUCGGCACACUCCGAUUUUACCCAGGUUCGAUCACUAAUUUUCAGGUAUAUUUUACACAGGAAUACCAGAUACGUAUUUUCCCAGCAAAACGGUACGAUAGCUGAUAGUUGCAAACAAAGGCAGUUCGUACAACCCCGGCCCCAAACCAAUAAUACUGGGGUUCGUCACAAUUGAUAACUCAGGACAACCGAAACAGGCUUAUUGCUCGUACCCCCAUAUAAUUUGCGUGCGAAACAAGGCUCAAGCCAUCGCAAGAGAGUGAUCUUUCAUUCAGCGGGUGAGGGUCUUUUCUAGACGAAAGAAUGCCGCACAAAUUCGACUGUGACUUUAAAGCCAAGUAAUCUCCAUAUAUGUCCAUAUAUGGAGAUUACUUGGCUUUGGAGAAAAACCUCACAAGCCUGGCAUGUAUUUUUCCGUAUCUGCAUUUAGGCCGCUGUACCAAUUGUCCGUCAGCAAGCGUAGGCCUGAGCCAGGGAUGUAGCUCAAACGGCAGAGCGUUCGCUCAACAUACGAAAAGUACGGGGAUUAGUGAAGGUUGCUCAAAAACUUCAUUAUCACGAAUCGCACCCAAAAAAAAAAGAAAAAUAUAUUCACAUUCUUGACUUAUGGUCGUCCACAGCACUAAACAAAUCCAGCGUAACCGUAUGACAUCACUUUAUUCAGUUUGGCUAAUGUUACUCUCCCGUAUGCUCAGAAAUUCCAUUCACCUCUGCGAUUUCCGGUAUAGUAUUGAAUCAGGCUUGAAUCGACGUAGGAAAUGAUCCAUAAAUUCUAUUGCAUAAUUUCCAUGACAUUGAUGUUAUAUAUCCGCGCUUGGCUCUUACGUUCCCUAUUCGAUCAUACUUACUGCUCUCAGAUCUGAUCUAUACUGGCGUAAGAGCUAAAACUCGUAGAUCGUUACUGUAACUCAUAUUUUCAACGAUUUGAAGCUGAAGACAGUGAAGGUUGUUUAAGCCAACAUUUAACCUCUUCCUCUUUAUUCUUACUAAACCAGUACAUAUACUCAUGUUUAUUCAGCUGCAUAUGCAACCAUCUUAAUAAAACCAUUCAAUUAGUGAUAGUAAUAAUCAAUUCAUAUGGAAUAAACAUCUGAUCUGUGGUGUUUUUCCACGCGAUCCAAGUAGCCGAUCACCGAUCGUUGUUCUAAUGAGUUAACUCCUGGUUGUAAACAACAUAGAUUUCCAUUCCUUUUCAUAUCGACGAGAUCCGUCAAUAUGGGUAUAUACAUAUCUGUCCGUUAACAUGCGUAUGAAUAAUAGAUGUUGCUUAGGUUUAAAUAA